AUGCUCCCUACACCUGAGGUAGUAAAGGCACGUAAGCCUCUGAGACAAACGAAGGAAACAAAAGAGCAACCACCAGUGGUGGACAUUGAGGAGCAUGAGAUAGAUCCAUUCGGAACAGACCUCCAAAUGCCAGGUCAUAGAAAUAUAGAGUCGGCAGCUAAUGGAGCAUCUGUAACAUACUCAAUAACGCCACAAUAUGAUGACCCAAUAAACCAGCUGACAUCAAGCAGGCAGGUAGUGAGAAGCAUAUUGGUGAACGAGCUAAAGAAGAUGGGUGGCAUAAAAUACACAGAGACACUAAAGGCGAGGAUGUCAAAGGAAGUUGGAAAUGACAAGACAAAGAAAGACUCAGUGUACUUCAAGUCUAAGACAGGAACAGUGACCAACUUUGACGACAUUGAACGAACAGCUGUCUUUAACCAACAGAUGAUAAUAUCUAGAAUAGAAUCAUUUCAGAAUCUAGGGAGUAACUGGGUGGUGAUGAAUAUAGAGAGCCACUACGUUAACAUUGCAACGUACAAGCCUCUAGCUGGUAGUUCAUACAUGGAACUUCCUGAGGACAUAAAGCAACUCUAA